ACAUAAACGGGUAAUCAAGGUUGUCACUACGGUGAUUGCAUUGUUUGUUGGAGUGUACUUAAUUUAUAAAAUCAAAUAUGGUUUACAACCAAACCGCAUGCCUGUCCCUGUUGUGUUAGUAACAUACUCACGAAGUGGAUCGUGUUUUGUUGGCAAUAUUUUAAAGCUUGAUGAUAGUGUUUUUUAUGUUUUCGAACCCCUUCAUUUCUUGAAAUUCGGACACAGAGUACUUCACUUUUCCGACGGCAGUAUGAGGACUUUAAAUACAUAUUUAACAGUUGCGGAACAUAUUUUGAGAGCUUGGUUUACCUGCCAAUUAAAUGAAAUUCCCUUAGAGUACUGGGAUGAAGAAAUCUUUCAGAGCACAAAGAUACAGGGGAAGCACAUAUUUUAUUUCAAGGAACGUUAUAAAAGAGAAAUUUAUGGGAAAUAUCGUUAUCCAAGUAGAUUUAGAGCAACUCUGCAGUUAUUAGAAGACAUGUGCAUAAAAUCAAAACUCGUUAUUAUAAAAACAAUUCGUACACCAAUAUUUAUGUUAAACAAAGCUCUAUCUGAAUUGGACAACUUAAAAAUGAUAUACUUAUACAGAGAUCCUAGAGGUAUUAUCCGAUCACAAAGACGAAAUCUUUAUAUUUCAAAGGAGAAUACAUUUGAAUCUUUAAAUGACCAUGCAGAAAAUUUAUGUGCACGUAUUUUUAAUGACGCCAUUACAUUUGCCAUAUUUUUGCAUUAUUAUCCAGAAAAGCUGUUACCUUUGAAAUAUGAAACUUUUACAAUGAACCUGAUGAGAGAAACUAAACAUUUAUAUAAUUAUCUAAACUUGACAUUAACUGCGAGACAUGUAGAUACCUUAAUAAAGAUGACAACUACAAAGGAAAGAGCAAAGAACUACAUACCUAAAAAUAACUCGAAAGAAUUGGUAGAUCGGUGGAGGACACUAGUUGAUAUGUCAUUUGUAGACACUGUGGACAUGUCGUGUAGUCAUGUAUAUUCCAGACUUGGAUAUCUACAAAUUUCUGAUGUAACCAUGUUGAAAAAUAUCUCGAUCCCGCUUUAUCUGAAUAAUGGUACGAACAAACAAUUUCACUUUGGACAAGAAAUUCCAGUUUAAUUAAUUAUGAGCGACUGUCAUAGGACACAUAAUUUAGCUUGUUAUGUAUCCACCUAACAUGCGGCUAUAUUUUUUCAUUUAACCCUGAUCUCAAAAGUUGUACCCUGUAAAGUCAAAUUAAGAUUAAAGUUCACAGCUGAAGGAUCCCGACUUUUGCAAAUUUAGGAGGGGGAAUAAAACGACACAUAAGUCACCAUCAUGACCAACAAGAAAAACAAAUUACAGUUUACGGUUUACAUGACAAUAUACAAAAACAUUAAAGCUGAGCAUAUCGGAUUCACAUAAAACCGGGGAGACAUGUGAUCCGGAAGGGUAAGCAUUUCCUGUUCAACUAGUGGCACAUGUUACGAUUCAAACAAAGUUCCGGUGAUAUGUCGCAUUCAGUGAUGUCUUAAAUGAAGAAAUUAUUCGAAGAAAAGAAAAGGUUUGGCUCCUCAUUCAAAAUAAUGAAAUAGUAUAUAAAACCAUAAAAACUAUCAACAACAGGCUAGAUAUGCUUGAACAAAAUCAAUUCAGAAUGUCAAGGUAUUCGAAACCAGCAAGCAUCAAAAGAUGAAAAGCAAUAAAAUCAACGUAAUACCAAAAUUUAAGCUUAAUAAAAACAGCUAAAGCGAUGCAUCGGGAGGAUGAUAUUUGAAUUUGAUGGAAGUAAGUUUUCAAUCUGAAUGAAAUACAGAUCCUGUGUCUACGCUUCCAUCGAUAUGACAACAAUCUAUUCUACUUUCUGUUCUGGCAGUUAUUACAUCAGCCAAUGAAAUGUCAGCCUUCAUUUUUUUAAAGGUGUGCAUCAUUUCGAUAAAAACAAAGGAUCCCGAAAGGUCUUCAAAUAACCAUUGACAAAUCCUUGCAAUUGUAAUUUAAGCGUGGACACAGGAUAUGUAUUUCAACCAGAUUAGUUCGAGAUCUGCUUUCUCAAGUUUCAAACAUGCACUUGUUUGGCUACACGAACUAUAUCAUUAAUCAAUAUGUAUUUGCACAUUAAAUAUUUACUUACUUAAGAUAAAAUCCUCUAGAAGUUCUAUUUAGAAUUAAAUUGAAUUCUUCUGAAGGAUGUUUUAUGCAGACAUACCAAAAAAGAUUGUAUGGGUUUCUGAAGACUAAAAAAGUAUAUCACAAUACACGAUAACACUGGAAGUGAAUCACUUAGUUUUCAUAUUGUAUCAGUAGUCAAAAUAAACGAUUCUGAAUUUUUUAACUGAAAAUUGCAUAAUGAUGAUUGGCUAAUGUUAACCCUUGAAAAGAUCUUAUAAAAAUGUUUUAAAAAUAGUACUCAUCUCAAAAUUCGAUGGGAUCUGUGAACGAACUUAUCAAAUACAUCUCCAACCUCCUUUCUUUUCUUCCAAAUUGCAAAAAAAUAUGUGUAAAACAAUG